CCGCGGAUUGGCUGCACGAGGCCUCUCUGCGGCGUAGAUUGGCUGAAGCGUCGCUGGAGGGAGGGCUUGACAGUCGAGGCCCAAGAACCGACAUUCCCAGGACCCAGGAGGGGCACAGCCUGUGGUGAGCCGUGGCUAGGAAGAGCGACGAGAUGAUCCGCCAGAAGUCCAGCCAAUUCAUGGCACUGAAGAUACAGUCGGAGCUUGAACAGCCCUCAGAACUGCAGCGGGAACACCAGAAGGACCUUAGCUCAGUGGAUGGGUCCGUCACGCGGAUGGUAACAGGUGUGCGGACCGAGUCCAGAACCGCGGCCUUGAUAGAAGCGGAUGAAGAUCCUGCAGCCAACCUGUUCCCGCCCCCGUUGCCCCAACCCCGGAUCUGCAUGUGGAAGUAUCUGGACAUCCAUUCCAUGCACAGGCUGGAGAAGACAGCCAACACUGAGGAGAUGAGGGAGGUGCUAGCUGAGCUUUUGGGGCUAAGCUGUCCUGAGCAAAGCCUGCGGGAUGCCAUCACCCUGGACCUCUUCUCCCACGCACUCCUCUUCUGCCGCCAGCACGGCUUCUCACUGGAACAGACAUCGACAGCUUGUGCCCUGCUCCAAGAUCUUCACAAGGCCUGUGUUGCAACCCCCUUGGGCAACAUGGAGGAAUGUUACCGCUACUUCACCAGUGUCCUUUUUUGCCAUGGAGUCAAGCGGCCCCCCUUCAGUAUCAACCUCUUUAGGGAGGAACAGCUGCUGGCCCUGGCAGAUUAUGUGGUCAACACCUACUUCCGCCACUUCAAGCUCUACAAAUAUGCCUUCACACCCCAGGUGCGGCUGGAUCUAUCUUUGACUUACAUGGGGCUACAGCCACCCAAGCUCUGGCCAGAAGAUGAGACAGAGAAAGGCGGCGAGGAGGCGAAGGAACAGGCAGUCACCCCACAGGAGGAACCAGAAACAGUGGUCCUGCCAGAGCCAGAGCCAGAGCCAAGCCAGGUCUCCAUCCUGCAAGCCUACAUCAGGACCCAGAUGAACAAGGAGCUGAGGCAGCUCCAACAGCUGAUGGAGGAGCGGCUCCAGGCCAGCGAGGAAAGGCUCAGCAGCAAGUUGACCACACUAGAGCAGCCCUUCCAGCUACCUUCUGGCAAAGGCAAGAACAAGACCAAGUGACCCCCAGCAUUUUCCCCAAUAAAGGCCCGGGGCAGGGCAGCCCCAUCCCCGCCCCGA